GCGGAGACAGGCAGCGGAGAAGGAGGCGGGCUCCCCUCCUCCUUCCGCUGGGCGCUUUAGCCGUGCGCGAUGGUUAUUAAAUGCAAGGCUGCUGUUGCCUGGGAGGAAAGUAAACCUCUCUCUAUUGAGGAGGUGGAGGUUGCUCCACCAAAAGCUCAUGAAGUUCGUAUCAAGAUAGUUGCCACUGCUGUCUGUCACACUGGUGCCUAUACUCUGAGUGGUGCUGAUCCCAAAGGAUGUUUCCCUGUGAUCCUUGGACAUGAAGGAGCAGGAAUUGUAGAGAGUGUUGGGGAAGGAGUAACAAAAGUAAAGAAGGGGGACACUGUUAUCCCUCUAUACAUCUCUCAGUGUGGAGAGUGCAAGUUCUGUAAGAAUCCUAAAACAAACCUGUGCCAGAAGAUAAGAAUUACUCAAGGGAAAGGAGUCAUGCCUGAUGGUACCAGCAGAUUCACCUGCAAGGGAAAGCAGAUUUACCACUUCAUGGGGACCAGCACCUUCUGUGAGUACACUGUGGUGGCUGAUAUCUCCGUAGCCAAGAUAGAUGCUGCAGCACCUCUGGAUAAAGUGUUCCUGCUGGGCUGUGGCAUCUCCAUGGGCUAUGGGGCUGCUGUCAACACUGCUAAGGUGGAGCCUGGUUCUACAUGUGCUGUGUUUGGUUUGGGAGGAGUUGGGCUGACGGUUAUUAUAGGCUGCAAAAUAGCAGGAGCAUCCCAGAUCACUGGCAUUGACAUUAACAAGGAUAAGUAUGCCAAAGCCCAAGAGUUUGGAGCUACUGAGUGCAUUAGCCCCCAAAAUUCCAGGAAGCCCAUCCAGGAGGUUCUGGUUGAGAUGACCGAUGGUGGUGUGGACUACUCAUUUGAGUGCAUCGGAAAUGUCGGAGUCAUGAGUUUAUACUGGAUGUUCAUCUUCAAAUCCUCAGUUGUCAUGAGCUUUGUCCCGGAUGUUGUUGCGGAUCGAAGGCGCUGGAUAUGGAUUCCGUGCAAACGACUUCAUAAUGGUCCUGUUCCAAGAUGCCUUUUUCUGUAUCUCUCUCUUCAAGAUGCACAACCGAUUGGCUGGAAGAGUGUUGACAGUGUACCAAAACUGGUGACGGAAUACAUGUCCAAAAAGAUCAAGGUUGAUGAAUUUGUGACUCACACGCUGCCUUUUGACAAAAUUAAUGAGGCUUUUGAGCUGAUGCAUUCAGGAAAAAGGUAAUGUUCACAAUAUUGAAAGGUAUACAAGACACUUCUUGAUCAGACACGGUCGAAGUACAGGUUCCCUGCCCACUGUCAUGUUUUAAACGGGGAAUCUAAAGGGUGACAUAUACCACAUGAAUUGAUUCUGAUAUAAACACACUUCUCUGAGCUUCCAGGUAUGUGCCACAACACAGACACACUGUAAAAAGCAAGCAACGGUGUACAAGAGAAAUACACAGAUGUAAAGCUGAUAAAGGGCACAGGUCAGUCUCAGGCUUUCACCAUUGCUAAAACAUUCUUCCUUAUAGAAAGGAAGGUAAGGAGACUGAAGAUUACAUAUUCAGUAAUAUUUAGGUUCCUCUGCAGAUAGACAAAUAGUUAUGAGCAUUAUCUCCAGAAACCAGCACGGUCUUUGUAUUUGAUCUCA